AUGGGGGAAGUCGCCAAUGUACUAGGCGCAUACUGGCAGCCUGAUGAUGCAAUCGAUGCCAAUAGCACUAUUGACGCUGCGAAAUGUAGUGUCCCGCAAACCCCGUACCGGAAACCCAGUACCGGUAUUUGGUCACCAAUGGUGUGA